AUUAGCUCAACCCACCUCGUCAUGUGUUUACGAAAACGUCUUUGCAGCAUCCUAUUGUUUUUUUACUUGCUCUGGGAUUCAGAAUAAAACACCACAGUUUCAUUGCAAAGAAACAUCUGCAGUCAUGCCAUCACAGAAUCCAUCACAUGAAGUGUCAGCUAACAAAAAACUGCCAUCUGCCAGUGGUCUGGAGUCUAUAAGUCCUCUUGUGACCACUGUGGAGGAGACUCCAGACCCCAUCAGUACAAUCAUCAAAGGAGAAAUACCAUCCUGGAUCAAUGGCAGCUUCCUCAGAAACGGGCCUGGAAAAUUUGAGUUUGGUGAAAGCAAAUUCACCCAUUGGUUUGAUGGCAUGGCCUUGAUGCAUCGUUUCCACAUUAAAGAUGGUCAGGUGACCUACAGCAGCCAAUUCCUGCGCAGUGACUCUUAUGUGCAGAACUUAGAGAAGAACCGAAUUGUGGUGUCUGAAUUUGGCACCCUGGCGAUGCCUGACCCAUGCAAGAACAUCUUCGCUCGGUUCUUCUCGCGCUUUCAGAUUCCAAAGGCAACUGAUAAUGCAGGAGUGAACUUUGUCAAAUACAAAGGAGAUUUUUACGUAAGCACGGAGACCAACUUCAUGCGCAGAAUUGACCCUACAACCCUGGAAACAAAAGAAAAGGUGGAUUGGUCGAAAUAUAUUGCCAUUAAUGCAGCAACGGCUCAUCCACACUAUGACCGUGAAGGAGCAACUUAUAACAUAGGAAACUCGUAUGGUCGAAGAGGCUUCCUCUACCAUAUCUUCAGAGUUCCUCCAGGUGUGGGACAGAAUGAUGAGGCUGAUCUGUCUGGUGCUGAGAUUCUCUGCUCUAUUCCAGCUUCUGACCCCAGAAAACCAUCUUACUACCACAGUUUUGCCAUGUCUGAGAAUUACAUUGUCUUCAUUGAGCAGCCAAUCAAGCUAGAACUGCUGAAAUUUAUGCUGUAUAGAAUUGCUGGAAAGAGUUUUAAUAAGCUCAUGUCCUGGAACCCAGAACUAGAGACUAUCUUCCAUGUGGUAAACCGACACACCGGCCAGCUCAUCAAGACAAAAUAUUACUGCAGUGCGAUGUUUACCCUCCACCAGAUUAAUGCAUAUGAGGCUAAUGGAUAUUUGAUUAUGGACAUGUGCUGUGGAGAUGAUGGCAGUGUGAUUGGUGACUUAACAAUGGAGAACCUUAAUCAGGAAUGUGGGGAGAAACUUGAUACGCUCUUCAACUCUUUGUGUACAACAAACUUACCACGCCGAUAUGUGCUGCCACUGGACGUAAAGGAAAAUGAUCCUAACGACCAGAAUCUCAUCACUUUACAGAACACUACAGCAACUGCUGUAAAGACUGAAACUGGAGUGUUCCUCACUCAUGAAGACCUUUACAGUGAUGACCUGUUGCAGUAUGGUAGUCUUGAGUUCCCACAGAUAAACUACACUUACUACAAUGCUCGACCAUAUCGGUACUUCUACGCCUGUGGCUUUAGACACUUUUUUGGAGACUCUCUGCUUAAGAUGGAUCUAGAAGGAAAGAAGCUAAAGGUAUGGCGCCAUCCUGGCAUGUUCCCAUCAGAGCCAAUGUUUGUUCCAGCACCUGAUGCUAAGGAUGAGGAUGAUGGUGUGGUCAUGUCUGUAGUCAUCACACCAAGAGAGAAAAAGAGCAGUUUCCUUCUUGUCCUUGAUGCCAAGACCUUCACAGAGCUGGGACGGGCAGAAGUUCCAGUGGACAUACCAUAUGGCACACAUGGACUCUUCAAUGAAAUGCACUAAAAUAAAAGCUUAUGAACGCAGGGGGAAAGAUGCAACAGUAUGAAAUAUUCUAGUUUUUAACUAUAAAGCGAUAUAGAAUAAAUGAAAUAAAACAGUAAAAGCCAAGAUUUUAAUCAUGAUAAUAAUAAUAAUAAUAAUUUGUUACAUUUAUAUAGUGCUUUUCUGCAGCGUUCAAGGCGAUUUACAUAUGCAGGGCACACCCCUACUCUUUUUUCGAAAGACAUCCUUGGAUUUUUAACAACCACACAGAGUCAAGACCUCAGUUUAACAUCUUAUCCGAAGGACGGACGGUGCUUUUA